CAGGGGCGGGGCCUGGGUGGGCGGCGCGCAUUCGGUUGGCGGCGAUGUGGCGGCGAGUAGAGCGUGUGCUGUGGGGCCCUCUGUCGCUGGCUGUACGAGCCCGAUCCACAAGUAGCCGGGCUUCAGUCGCCACGUCCCAGGCCAGCCCGCCACCGCACGGAUUUUGUUUCGAGCUCUCGGCACAACAGCAGGAGUUCCAGGCCACGGCACGCAAGUUUACGCGCGAGGAGGUGGUUCCCGCCGCGGCUGAAUAUGACCGGAGUGGAGAGUAUCCCGUUCCGAUUAUUAAAAGAGCGUGGGAGCUGGGCCUGAUGAACGGCCACAUCCCUGAGAGUUGCGGUGGAAUGGGACUGGGCGUGUUUGACUCCUGCCUCAUCUCAGAAGAACUGGCGUACGGAUGUACCGGCAUUCAGACUGCAAUCGAAACCAACUCGCUGGGGCAAAUGCCGGUGGUCCUGGCGGGCAACAAGAGCCAACAGAAGAAGUACCUGGGCCGCAUGACGGAGGAACCGCUAAUGUGUGCGUACUGUGUGACAGAACCGGGCGCAGGUUCUGACGUGGCCGGCAUCAUGACCAGAGCCGAGAAGAAGGGCAAUGAGUACGUCAUUAACGGGCAGAAGAUGUGGAUCACCAACGGAGGCAAGGCCAACUGGUAUUUCCUGCUGGCCCGCACAAACCCUGACCCCAAAGCAUCAGCGGGCAAGGCCUUCACCGGAUUCAUCGUGGAUGCAGAUGCCCCUGGGAUCCAAGUGGGAAGAAAGGAGAUGAACAUGGGCCAGAGAUGCUCCGACACCAGGGGCAUUGUGUUUGAGGAUGUGCGUGUACCUGCCGACAAUGUUCUCAUUGAAGAGGGAGCCGGCUUUAAAAUCGCCAUGGGAGCUUUCGAUAAAACCAGACCCGCGGUUGCAGCCGGGGCCGUGGGUUUAGCUCAGAGAGCCGUGGAUGAAGCCACCAAGUACGCGUUGGAGAGGAAGACCUUCGGCAGGCUGCUCGUGGAGCACCAGGCCGUGUCCUUCAUGCUGGCAGAGAUGGCCAUGAAGGUGGAGUUGGCACGUCUGGGCUACCAGCGAGCAGCGUGGGAGGUUGACCAGGGCCGCAGGAACACCUACUACGCCUCCAUCGCCAAGGCCUACGCUGGUGACAUCGCCAACCAAGUGGCCACCGACGCCGUGCAGAUCCUGGGGGGCAACGGCUACAACACUGACUACCCCGUGGAGAAGCUGAUGCGAGAUGCCAAGAUCUACCAGAUCUACGAGGGAACGGCCCAGAUCCAGAGGAUGAUCAUCGCACGUGAGCACAUCGACAGGUUCCAGCAGUAGCCCACUGACCGCUGACAGCACGGAAUGUAGCCUGUGAUCAAUCCCUCAGCUAUGCAAGUCUAACGUCCCCCUAACCUUCAGCUCUCCC